CCUAACUGCCAGUCAAACUGACCACGGAAGAACACGAGGAAGUAAAAAGAGGCGUGAGACCCUGGCUAUAAACGUAAUGCACUGACAACAUUAUCUUUUGCUUUUAGAGCCAUGUCAUCCAAAGAGAGGGUCAAUGGUGAAAUUGAAAAGACAGUAGCCAUCGCAACUGAGACCUCAUUGGAAACCAAUAUGGGGGAAAACAUCAAGAACAAUGAAGAACAGGUGGAAUUUAACUCCAGCAAUGGCAUAACAACCACCGACACGAACAAUGUAGCUGCAAGUAACCUAGCUCUGCUGAAAGCCCACUCUUUGGAUGUUAAAUUUGAAGUGGGGGAAGAAUAUGACAUCAUUGAAACAAUUGGCACAGGGGCUUAUGGUGUUGUCUCUUCAGCUAGGAGGCGGGACAAUGGACAGCGGGUGGCGAUAAAGAAGAUUCCAAAUGCCUUUGACGUGGUGACUAAUGCCAAACGCACGUUACGAGAACUUAAGAUUCUCAAACAUUUCAAACAUGAUAAUAUUAUUGCCAUUAAAGACAUCCUUCAACCUGCUAUGCCUCACACUGCAUUCAAAUCUGUAUAUGUGGUUUUGGACCUGAUGGAGAGUGACCUCCAUCAGAUCAUCCACUCCCGUCAGCCACUCACAGCUGAGCACACCCGCUACUUCCUCUACCAACUGCUGCGGGGGCUCAAAUACAUCCACUCCGCUAAUGUCAUUCACCGUGACCUCAAGCCCUCGAACCUGCUUGUCAAUGAGAACUGUGAGUUGAAGAUUGGGGACUUUGGGAUGGCUCGGGGGCUCAGCUCCCAUCCGGAAGAGUCACGUUCUUUCAUGACUGAAUAUGUGGCGACCCGGUGGUACAGGGCCCCGGAACUCAUGCUGUUCUUGCAUCACUAUAGCUUAGCUAUUGACAUGUGGUCCGUGGGAUGCAUCUUUGCUGAGAUGCUGGGGAGGAAGCAGCUGUUCCCUGGUAAGCAUUAUGUGCAUCAGCUGCAACUCAUUCUGCACGUUUUAGGCACUCCACCUGAGGGUGUGAUUGGGGCCAUUGGAGCAGACAGGGUGCGUUCCUAUGUACAGAGCCUGCCAUCCCGUAGUCCCAUCCCCCUCAACUCUCUAUACCCGCAGGCAGAACCAUCUGCCCUGGACUUGCUGACAGCGAUGCUGCGUUUUGACCCUCGUGAGAGAAUCAGUGUGACCCAGGCACUGGCACACCCCUACCUCGCGAAAUACCAUGACCCUGAAGAUGAGCCCAUCUGUGUACCAGCCUUUGAUUUUGAGUUUGACAAGCUGUCACUUAGCAGGGAGCAGAUUAAAGAGGCAAUUUUGGGGGAGAUACAAGAUUUUCACCAGAGGAAGCAAGGAAACAGGAGGAAGAUUCAGUUCAAGCCACUUCAGAAGCAGAGUAACCAGUGCAGUUUGGCUAAUAACAUAUUGGCUACAACACCAAUUCAGCAAUUACAGCUGCAGAAAUUGCCAACUCAACAGAAGCUUGAUGAGAUUGAUAAACCUCAAGCUGCCCCGAUUGUCUUUGGGGUCCGACACCUUUGCAAACAAGACCCUCCAUUGCCACUCCAUACCCAGACAGAAAGCUGCCAAGAUGUGGAUAUGCCUAGUGCCAACUCUGAAAAUGGUCAUCCUGAGACUAUAGACUUGACAACUCCAGUCUCUUCACAAGUCACCCCACUACCUAAUAUUGAAGAAAGCUUAAAGAUGGAGGGGCCGUCAUCUAACCAGAGGCCCAUCACACCAGUAACUCAAAGUCAUUCCGUCACUCAAGCUUCCACUCUGGCCUCUACCUCAUCUCAAACUCCAUCCACUUUUUCCCUCUCUGGUCCCGCUCUUUCACUCUCUCAGUCACAAGCACAGUCUCUCUCUCAGUCCUUAUCUCGUUCACUGGCUAAAGGGGGCCGAGUUGGAACAGGAGAAGGAACCCGGAAAGAAGGAGCCAUUUCAGAUGAUACCAAAGCAGCCCUAAAAGCAGCCUUGCUGAAAUCAGCUCUCAGACAAAGAGCAAGAGAUGGAGGCGCUGCAGGGCUGAGCAUGGAGAUUGGGGGAGGAGAGGGGCUAGCAUCCUCUCACCCUUCUUCUCUCCCACUUCCAGAACCGCGUCGUCCAGUCACAGCACAGGAACGACAGAGAGAAAGGGAAGAGAAGAGGAGGAGGAGACAGGAACGAGCUAGGGAGCGAGAGAGGAAGAUGAAGGAGAAGGAAAAAAGAGAAGGGAAAGAGUCUCUUAGAGGUGUGGUGUUGAGUGAUAAUGACAAGUGCCUCCUGGAACGCUGGAGACGAAUGAUGGACAGCCAGGUUGAUAAAUCUCAGCAAGUUAUUGAUGACACUAGUACAACUAAAGACAGUAAAGCUGUGUCCCUUAAUGUGAAUUCCACCGGGCAGACCCAGGCAGUGAUGGAAAAGGGACACCAAUUGACAAAUAUUGAGGUCAGGAUAAUAAAUAAGCAAGAUAAUAAAGAAGCUUGCAAGCAACAAGUAGAUAAACAACAAAAAGGACAGCAAACAAAAGAACAACUGGUUACGCAGUCAAAGCAAAAUCUGCCUGGAUUCUAUCAACAACCUAGUUCGCCUGUUUCACUCCCCUUUUCACUGACAAUGGCACAGGAAGGGAGGAGGGACAUAGUUAGUGGAGGACUGGACACAUUGAAUGGCCGUGCAUUUGGCAAAAACAGUUGUCACAAGCAACAGGCUGAAUUUGGAGGGAGGAACAUGCACAGUACAUCAGAGAAUUGGAGUGGUCAGAGUAGGGUUGCACCAGUUUUGCCCCAACAAGUACAUGUAGUAUUGAGUAGUAGCGACAUUGCCCCAACAAGUACAAGUACUGCGUACUCUUCUCAGUCAAGUUUUCCACAGCCUCAGCUUCUAGCACUGGGACCUUAUGUCUGUAAUUCCACAGUUUUCUCACAAGGGGAAGGCCUUGCAGUUGAAACUAAUGGAAAUGCAAGAAUGGGUCACCAGAACAACAGUGACUCCCUCCCUGCCCCAGACUCUGCCUGUGAGGUCAGAAAUAUAGACAAGAUCUUUCCCUCUUUAAGUGAGCAGCCCUGUGCUCUCCCAGAGAGUCCCCAGCCUGGGCCGUCGGUGGCCUCACAACCCAGCCAGGAGCUGCAGCCCGGGAGCAGCAGCAUCCCUGACAUUCACACAGUCACGCUGCAACUUUCCAAGUCACAGGUGGAAGAUGUAUUGCCUCCGGUUUUCUCAAUGACCCCCAAAGGAAGUGGGGCUGGAUAUGGGGUGGGGUUCGACCUGGAUGAUCUCCUCACUCAGUCCUUCACAGACCUCCAGCACUCAGACCUCAGGGACGGUCACAGUGACUCUGCCCCCCUCUCAGCCUCUUUGCUUUCUGAUUGGCUUGAAGUCCACCGAAUGACCCCAGCAGAUUUGGAAUCACUUCAGCAGGAAUUGCAGCUUGGCUCUCCCAUGAUCCUUUCGGAUACACCCACCCCACCUGACACAUAAGUCUGUGAAACAAAGGGCUAUGAAUCUCAUUGAUUAUUAUAAUAACCAAGUUGCUUGAUUAAAAACACUUAAGUUUAGUAAUAGUCAAAAUUGAUUAUUAUUACUACUAUUAGGUAUUUGAUUUCUGUACAAUACAAUGGAGAUUUUGUUUUAAAUAAAGAUAAUUAACUUGG